UUGUUACAGGGCCCUAUGCGGAAGCUGUCAGAAGGUUUUUUUUUAAAGAUUGUUGUGGUAAAUGCAUGGUCAGAGCAUUGAAUCACUCAUUCAGUAGACUAGCCAUUCUAAUCGGUGAAGUGCAUGCCAAUCCCUACGCGCCGAUUCCCUAAUCACAAUCCAUUUUGGCUCGGUGAAGGUGAGAGGAGAAACGCGGCCCGUGCAUAAAGUAGGAAGACCCUGCAGCUCAAGAGUACCUGUGGACAGAAGUGGUGGAGAUGUUCCGCAGUGCGCUGGGGAAGACUUUGGGGUUUGUGGGCUACACCGUCCAGUAUGGCUGCAUCGCACAUUGCGCCUUUGAAUACAUUGGAGAAUUUGUGGUGUGUUCGGGUCCGUCCAUGGAGCCGACCAUUGUCAACCAUGACAUUGUCUUCUCUGAGCGGAUGAGUCGUCAGCUUUUCAAAAUACAAAAGGGUGAUAUAAUAAUUGCAAAGAGUCCAUUUGACCCAAACAUGAACAUUUGUAAAAGGGUUAUUGGACUGGAAGGUGACAAGAUCUGCACAAGUUCCCCAUCCGCAGUGUUCAAGGCCCACACGUAUGUUCCAAAAGGCCACGUAUGGCUAGAAGGGGAUAACCUUAGGAAUUCCACCGACUCAAGGAGCUAUGGCCCAGUUCCCUAUGCACUCAUCCGAGGGCGUGUUUGCUUAAAGCUCUGGCCUCCAAAUAGUUUUGGGACCCUCGGUGAAAGCCCAACCCGACGGAUCAUUAAGACUCAAAGUGACUCAGACUGACUUUGUUUGUACUGUAUCAUCAUUUUUGAAUAAAGCUGGUAUUUAUAUAGAA